AUGCAAGGAUGCUUCUUUCGCGCCCUUCCUAGACGCUUCGGAGCGUGCAACAUCAAUGCGCCCUUCGUCAAUCAUGCCCGCCUCUUCCACACGACUCCCUCGAGACUGGCGCAGGUCGCUAAGGUGCAAUCCGAACUCGAGAAACGUAUCGCCGCCAUCCCCAUAGACCGCUUCCGCAACUUCUGCAUCGUCGCUCACGUCGACCAUGGAAAGAGUACCUUGAGCGACCGCUUGCUCGAACUCACUGGUGUCAUUGAAAAAGGUGGAAAUGCUCAGAUUCUGGACAAGCUCGAUGUCGAGCGAGAACGAGGCAUUACCGUCAAGGCCCAAACAUGUACCAUGCUGUACAAUCACAACGGACUGGACUACAUGUUGCACUUGGUCGACACGCCUGGUCACGUAGAUUUCAGAGCCGAAGUCUCGAGAAGUUACGCCAGUUGCGGCGGAGCUCUACUAGUAGUCGACGCAAGUCAAGGUGUCCAGGCACAGACCGUCGCCAACUUCUACCUUGCCUUUUCCCAAGGCCUUACCCUAGUACCCGUCAUCAACAAGAUUGACUUGCCUUCUGCCGACCCUCCGCGCGCACUCGAACAGAUCAGAGAUACCUUUGAACUGGACCCAGAAAAAGCUGUAUUGGUGUCGGCCAAGUCUGGUAUCAAUGUCGAGGCAUUGCUUCCCAGCGUCGUCGAGAACAUCCCUGCUCCCGUAGGAGACGAGAACAAACCGCUGCGACUUCUUCUGGUCGACUCGUGGUACGACAACUACAAGGGUGUCAUUCUGCUUGUGCGCAUCUUCCAGGGUCAGGUCAAGCCCGGCGAUCACCUCACUUCAUUCGCUACUGGUAUCAGAUACUAUGUCGGCGAGGUCGGCAUCAUGUAUCCUCUGCAAACACCUAUGACCAAGUUGCGCGCAGGCCAGGUCGGAUACAUCUACUUCAAUCCUGGCAUGAAGCGAUCACAAGAUGCCAAGGUCGGUGACACCUACACCACUGUUGGUUCGGAAAAACUCGUCGAAAUGCUACCUGGUUUCGAGGAGCCUAAACCCAUGGUUUUCGUCGCCGCUUUCCCCGUUGAUCAAAGUAAUUACGAGCAUCUCGAGGACAGCAUCAACCAGAUUGUGCUCAACGACCGUAGUGUCUACGUUCAGAAAGAGUCUUCGGAAGCCCUGGGUGCAGGCUGGCGUCUCGGCUUCUUGGGCACGUUGCAUUGCUCGGUCUUUGAGGAUCGCCUUCGACAAGAGCAUGGAGCGAGUAUCAUCAUUACUCCUCCAUCUGUACCCUUCAAGAUCAUCGACCCCAAGGGCAAGGAAACCAUCGUCUCUAAUCCAAACGACUUUCCCGAGACCGAUGCUCUGCAUCAGAAGGUUCAGGAGUUGCAGGAACCAUACGUGCUUGCUACAAUCACAAUGCCGGAAGAAUAUCUUGGCAAGGUUAUUGAGCUGUGCGAGGGCAACCGAGGUGUGCAGAGCGAACUCACAUUCUUCACAUCGACACAAGUCAUCUUGAAAUACGAGCUACCUCUAGCGCAACUGGUAGACGACUUCUUUGGCAAGCUCAAAGGUCUGACAAAGGGUUACGCUUCACUUGACUAUGAAGAUGCUGGUUGGCGCAAGUCAAGCAUCAUCAAACUGCAACUACACGUCAACAAAAUCCCCGUCGAUGCAGUCGCCCGUGUUUGUCAUCACAGCCAAGCCGAGCGUAUCGGCAAGCAAUGGGUCACCAAGUUCAAAGAGCACGUUGACAGACAAAUGUUCGAGAUCGUCAUUCAAGCUGUCGCUGGCAGAAGAAUUGUGGCCCGUGAAACCAUCAAGCCUUUCCGAAAGGAUGUUUUGGCAAAAUUGCACGCAGCUGAUACCAGUAGAAGGAGGAAGUUGCUUGAGAGGCAGAAGGAGGGAAGGAAGAAGCUCAGAGCUGUUGGUAACGUCGUAAUCGAUCAGAAAGCAUUCCAGGGCUUCUUGGCGAAGUAA